AUGCUGGCCAGCUCCUCGUCCAGCCAGAAGGGGUUUGCCACGUCCGGCCGGCCCUCGCAGAGCCUCGAGCGGUCCGACGUGCAGACCAUCGGCCGGACCAGCAUCGAUCGCGAGGGCACUGGGCUGCAGAUUCCCAAUGGCGGGGCUCCCAGGAACCUAUCGGCUUCAGCCGCCUCGUAUGCUCCGCGAGCCAGCAGUCUCAAUCCUGGCGCCGGCCCCGGCAGCUUCAGCUCCGAGCUGCGCAGCCAGAUGAUCCCCAUCCGCUCAGGCAGCCGGACCGACGCGGGGCCUGUAUACCCAAACAGCUUCGUAGACAAGGUCGAGGAUGGCGAGAUUGCCGAGCAGAAUCUCUCGGCGUUGCGGGACAAGCUCAGCAGAGAAAUGAAGAUCAAGGAGGGCAGCGAAAACAUGCUGGAGGCACUCAACCUCAAGAAGCCCAAGCAGACGAAGGAGCAGCGCCAGAGAGUCGAAGCUGAGCUGACCGCCAGCCAUUCGCGCAUCAAGGUGUUGAAGCAGCAGAUCUCGGAUGCCCAGGCCACCAGAGCGGCUCCGCCUAGCACACCUCCCAGGACCAGAGCCCAGCAAGAUGUUGCUCUCCACCGCUCACCGCAUAGCAUCCGAUCGGGCCCCGGCUCAGAUGUCGAAGAAUCUACCGAGAAUCCAACAUUUACCCUUGCCGAGCUCCUCCAAGCGCUGGAAGUUGGGGGGAUGACUCCCGACUACUAUGUGACUCGGGCGAAUCUUCUGGUCGACCUGUUCAAGAGAUAUCCCACCCUUAAAUACGACCUGGUGUGGUCAGUUUUUGGCCUCCGCAUGCAGAUGAUGCUCCUCAGCGAAAGCCGGGAGGUUGUCGCGGCUGGCUAUCGCGCGACGAGAUAUGCGAUUUCGGAUCGAAACUCUCUUAAGAAGAUUAGGAGCUUGAAUACUGACUUUUUAGUUAUACGAUCUUUGAACAACUAUCGAAAAGCAGAUGUCGAAAGAGAGCAGGCUCUCAAGUUUGUCCGAGCAUUUCUUGACGUUAAGGACGGAGUCAAAGAGAUCUCGCGCGCCGUUGUACGGACCAUUGUGGCCGUAGCCGAGUACGGCGAUGAUCGGUCUGGAUCAGCCCAGCCCACUGAACAAAAUACAGAUCGCCUACGCCCAAUCUGCAUCGAAACCCUGGCGGAGAUUAUGGUGCGAGAUCCUCGUCUAAUCCUGGCAUCAGGUGGUCUUGGUCCACUCUCUGAGGCUCUCUCCGAGGGAACUUACAAGGCCCCCGAGAGUCUGACGGCUGCCUUCCUCUAUCUCCUGGACACGCCGCAUAGACGAAAAUACAUCCAACCCGGAUAUGGCUUGGAUGUGGUCUUUAACGCCUUUACAAGCCAACUUGCUGGCAGCGAAGUUGUGCUGAAGCAGAACUGCAAAGCCAUUUCCGUUGCUAUGCGAUCAUGGUCUGGCCUUAUGACACUCUGCAUGUACGACUUUCGGUCUAUUCGAUCUCUCAUUAUGAGUGUAUCUCUCCCCAACCCUGCCGUCCGAGAAACGAUUUUGGACUUGCUCUUUUCACUCCUUCGCAUUAAACCCCCUGCCUGGGCUGUGUCCUUUUUGGCGGGACGCAGGCUGACAACCUACGGAAGGGUGAACAGCCUGCACUUGAAAGCUGAGACGCUCAUCUUGGCGGUUCUCAUCAGAUCCGGACUUAUUCAGACUCUGCUACAUGUUGCGCGCUCCGAGAACGACACCAUGCUGAAGCGCAAGACGACGCUGUUGAUUGGCGAGGCGCUGAAGUUGGCGGCAAGACUGCUUCCUCCCUCGUGGAGCGCAGAAAUACAACUCUUGCCAGAACUCUUUUCCGCGGCGGCCAAGUUUGGUGACCACCAGUCCUACAUUGCGUCGGGCAUUGUCUACCAGAUGAGCAGCAUCAAUCGCACUUUAUACCGAAGUGCGCCGGCCGAUUCAUUAGCUGGCAUUCUACCAUCGAGUGAUAGCAUGAAUGAUCUAGCCCUCCUUGAUGACCAACGCAAGGCAGGUUCUACGGUGGCAUUUGAUGAUGCUACAUUCCGGCAGCUUCUCAUUGACACUGGUGUGCUCAACAGCUCCAACUAUUCUAAAUGGAACUGGGAGAAUAUCAUCAAGGUUAUUGACGGUCCUCUGCAAGUCGGCAAGAGACUCGAAGAGGCCAUCAAGGCCUCCAAGUUUAUGAAGAGAAUCAUGAGCUUUUACAGGCCCUUCAAGUACAAGUUUGCCGACGUCCGAAACACACGAAACGCACAAAAGUAUGUCAGGGCUGGAUGUGCUCUGGUGCACUCCCUGUUACAAUCACCAGAGGGAGUCAGAUUCUUGGCAGAUAGCAAGCUGCUGAGACAGAUUGCGGAAUGUCUGGCUCAGUGCGAUCCGACCAGUGGAUUGACCGCACAGUAUCCCAUGUUUUCUAAGGACAGGCUAACAGAUACUCUCUGCGCUGGCUACUUUCCGAUGCUUGGAGUGCUUACUGGCGACCCUAAGGGGUUGGCUAUGCUGGAGAGGUGGCGCAUGUUCAACAUGAUGUACCAUAUCUACGAGCUAACCCAGCGCCCUGAUCUUGUCAAGCUCCUCCUCUCUAGUUUCGACUAUAGCCUCCAAGGCCACCACCGCAUCCUGCUUUCGAAAGCGCUGACGGCGGGGACGAAAGAGAUCCGAAUACACGCCACAAAUACGCUUCGGAAAUGCACUCUUCGGAGAGUGCCAUCUAUUGACGGUCGGGGCGAAAUGAGCGACUCGAAGUGGGCUAUCCAACUAUUAGUCACCCAGCUGUACGAUCCGGAGAUUGAAGUUUGCUCUACUGCGGUCAAGAUACUGGAAAAAGCCUGCAACAGAAAGGCUUACUUGGCGUACAUUGUCGAGUGUCGCCCGGCCCUGGAUCAUCUUGGCGAGAUUGGAGCGCCCCUCUUGCUACGAUUCCUAUCCACAUCCAUCGGUUAUCACUACCUAGAUGGACUUGAUUAUAUCAGCAACGAAAUGGAUGAUUGGUUUUUGGGAAGAAACGACUCGUAUGUCGGCCUUAUCGAGGCUAGCUUGGCCAAGGCAUUCUUGACGGAUACGGACGAACAACAUCAUCGCCUCAGCGUGUUUGAGGAACAUGAGGCGGAAACCGAUUAUCACGAUAGCCAUAUACCACCCCACUUCUACAGGGAGCUGACGAGAACCCAAGAGGGUUGCAGGUUGCUCAGUGACAAGGGCCAUUUUGAGGAGUUUGCCAACACAAUUCGCGAACAUGGCAUGCAAUCCGAAGACCAUGAACUGAUUACAAAAGUGAAGGGCUGCCUUUGGGCUGUGGGCAACGUGGGAUCCAUGGAGCUUGGUGCACCAUUCUUGGAGUCUACCGAUAUGGUUGAGCAGAUUAUCAAAAUUGCAACACAACACGAGGUGAUGAGUCUCCGUGGAACCGCCUUUUUCGUUCUCGGUCUCAUUUCUCGAUCGACACAUGGUCUAGAAAUUCUGUCAGAACACGGAUGGGAUGCAAAUACUACGCUCAUGGGCAAUUCCCUUGGCUUCUGCAUUCCGUCCAACCUGUCGACGCUGUUUUCACUCUCGCCGUGGCAUCACGAGACGGCUGCUUCUAUUACACUGCCAGAGUCACAAUGCACCAUAAGAGAGCAGCCUCCGCCCAGACCCGCUCGGCCGCCGCUGGAGUUGUCAGAAAUGCCACCCCUUCUUAACGAUAGUGCCAUCAGCGAGCGCAUACUCGAGCUUAUAGUAGACCUUGGAAACACCGUUCUAUACCGGAAAGCAGUCACCGAGUUGCAGAAAAUUAAGGCUCGCAAGCCAAUGGCUUUCCGCAGCGCAGAAUUCUUCAAGACGGUCAUGGGGCUGAUGGAGUGGAAUCACUACCGACUCGGCGUCCGUAGAAUGGUGAUUGACCUGUUUGAAAAGACUGUCAUGCGGCAAAUCGUGUUCGAGGAAGAGGAGAGCGAUAGCAGCGAGGAGGAUGAGAGCAGUCCGGUGGAGCUGGAUGACAGUGUCAGCUCUGGAGACGGAGACGACAGGGAUGAUAGGACGGAGAGGCAGAGGAGCAUAAGCGAGCCUGCUGAGCCGCCGCUGGAUUUGCUGCCGGCACCCUUGAGGGUACGACGGUGA